UCUAGGAGUCAGUUGACAGCGAGGACGCAUGAACAAUGGCUCUCUCUCUGGCCUCCAUGUUAUGGUUGGUGCUCAUACUAGCGGCCUCCUCCAGCAACAGCACCCCUACUGCCACUACUUGGCCUACUGCCACUACUUGGCCUACCUCUAAUAUGACAGAUUGGAGAUGGACAUCCUCACAGUCGUGGUACUGGACAUCAAGCCCUUCCCCAGGUCGAGACCUGACUGGCCGCAUGUUCAGUGUGAUGUCUGGGAGUGUAGUCACAUUCCGCGGCUUCCCCCGUUACCAAGACACCCGGGCGUUCACUGUCUGCCUGCGCAUCAUCAGUGAAUCUGUGCCCGGUACGGCCCUUUUCACCAUGACCAUGAGCAACAGCGCCACCCUGACCGUGAGGUCGACAGCCGACUCGGGGUACGAGCUGACGGUGGGCCAGGCGUCCAAGACCCUCUACCCCGUAGCGGAGCUGCCCUCGUUUGGGAAGCUCUAUCCCUGGACCAGCCUGUGUGCCACCUGGGACUCUGCCACAGGCAUGACCCAGAUGUGGAAGGACGGGAAGAUGAGUGUCAGGAAAGGCAUGUGGAGGAGUCAGUCGUUCUAUGGCCCACCUGCAAUGACCCUGUCAGGGUUCGAAGGUCAGGUGACUGACAUUCACGUCUGGGACAAGGCCCUCCCCCUCUCCAGCCUGCGCUCCUACAACCAGGGCUGGGGCUAUCCCUCUGGAAACCUGCUGAGCUGGCGAGAGGCUAGCUAAACCUCCCAGGGCUACGCGGUCCUGGAGGAUGCCUAUAGCAGUCAGGUGGCGCUUGGAAAAGAAGAUCGCACUGGGAAGCCACAGGAGAGCAGGCACUGGAAGAAGCAUGGGAAG